AUGGCGUCAAACCUCACGACAGCCCCAAUUCGUGCUCGUCUCGCCUUUCAGGCAGCCUUCCAAGAGGCCUUUGUGUGUCGGAGGUGUAUUCAGCAGCAAGCCCGGUCGCCGCCGCACACCUGGACGAUCCAACCCAAGGCCAAGCGGCACACUCCCUUCCUCCACGCCUUUCGCAGAUCCCGGGCACAAUCCUCCGCCGCCACUGCCCAGUCGCCAUCAUCGCCCCUCGCAGCCUUGGGCAAAACCUUGAGCAGUACGCCUUCGAGAGCGGCCCAUCCAUCCACCGUGCCGACGUCCACCUUCCCCCAGACGAGCUCGAAAUCAGUGGCGUACUGGCUGCUAGGCUCUGCAGCCUCCGUGUUUGGCAUAGUCAUCUUCGGUGGCCUUACGCGGCUGACAGAGUCGGGGCUGAGCAUCACGGAAUGGCGUCCAGUGACUGGCUCGUUUCCGCCUCGAGAUCAUGCCGCCUGGGAGGAGGAAUUCGCUUUAUACAAACUGUCACCUGAAUUCAAGAUGCUGAACAGCAGAAUGAAUCUGGAUGAGUUCAAGCAGAUUUACUGGAUGGAGUGGGGCCAUAGGCUGUGGGGGCGCGUGGUGGGCAUCACGUUCUUGCUACCUACUGCCUACUUCAUUAUCAAGCGUAGGGUCAGCAGGCCAAUGGCGCUGCGGCUCGUUGGUAUCUGUGGUCUGAUUGGUUUCCAAGGACUCAUUGGGUGGUGGAUGGUGAAGAGUGGUCUCAAGGACGAUCUCUUCCAGCAAGGCAAGCAACCGAGGGUAUCGCAGUAUAGGUUGGCUGCACAUCUCGGUACGGCCUUCAUCGCGUACCUAUGUAUGCUUUGGAAUGGAUUGCACAUCCUGAAGGAACGAAGCCUACUAAAAGACCCAGUUGAGGGUGCAAAGCUGCUUGAGACUUUGCAAAGACCUGAAUUAAGAAGAUUCAAGAAACUUGUGGCGUCACUUGCAGUCCUUACUUUCAUCACGGCUAUGUCGGGAGCCCUCGUCGCUGGUCUAGACGCAGGACUGAUCUACAACGAUUUCCCCUGGAUGGGCCAAGGACUUCUGCCACCUAAGCGUGAAAUCUUCGACCCCUUCUUUUCACACAGCCCGGAUCAGAAGGACCUUUACUGGCGAAAUGCUCUCGAGAAUCCAGUGCUUGUCCAACUCGAUCACCGGAUUCUGGCGACCACAACUUUCACUGCCAUCAUGGCACUGUGGGCUUACAGCAGAUUCAGUCCUGCCGUCAGAGCAACACUACCGCGCAAAGGCAAGGUCGGUAUGCUCGGUGUCGUGCAUCUGGUGAGCUUGCAGGUUACUUUGGGUAUCACGACUUUGUGGUACCUCGUGCCCACUCCGCUUGCUGCCGCUCAUCAAGCCGGUGCACUUGCACUGCUCUCUGGCGUUUUCCUGCUUGGUAGCAGGUUGUAUGUGCCAAAGCGUACCAUGCGGCUCGUACAAAACGCGCUCAGGCAAUCACAGUCACGCUCCGAUGCUGCGAAAGCUCUGCGGCCCGAGUUGGCUGCUCACUGA